UUACUUGAAAUCCUGCUCCCUUCUCUCUCUCUAUGGCGCUGCCAUGGCCUGUUUCUCCGACCCGAGACGCCACUCUCUCUCUAGAAUCACAGACAUUUUGAAGAGAGAGAGAGACACACAGUCACACUCCUUCACAGAAAUCUCUCACCCCAAAUUCCCCUUUACUAGAUCGAAACCCUAACUGAAAAUCCCAUCUCAUCUCAUCAUUCACUUGUUCUUCUUUUCUCUCUCGUUUGCACUGUUUUUUUUCUCUGUUUUGUUGCCCUAAGACGACAAUUCCUUCUGCUGCUGUCCGAUCGGCCGCCGGUUCAAUUCCGGCAGGAUGGACCCGAAACUCUGGCGUGCUUUUGCGGGUAAUUCUGUCCAAAUUCACACUGUAGGCUCUCAGGUUUACUAUUUCACUCAAGGGCAUGUGGAGCAGUCUUCUUCCGCUCCAUGCCUUUCCAGGUCUGUUCUCUCCAAUCCGGCUACUAAAUGUCUCGUCACUGCUGCUCACUUCAAUGCGGAUCCUCUUACUGAUGAGGUCUGCAUCAAGUUGAAUCUUCAUCCCUUUGGACAUGGCGGGGAGGUGCCUGUUCUGCCUCUUGCGGGCUCUGAUGAUAAUGGCGGGGAGGGAGAUAGAGUUGUGUCGUUUGCUAAGAUUCUCACGUCUUCUGAUGCUAAUAACGGCGGUGGGUUCUCUGUGCCGCGGUUCUGUGCCGACUCUAUUUUUCCUCCGUUGAAUUACCUGGCGGAUCCGCCGGUGCAGACUUUGUCGAUUACUGAUGUUCAUGGAGUUGUUUGGAAUUUUCGCCAUAUUUUCCGUGGGACGCCGAGGCGGCAUUUGCUCACUACCGGAUGGAGUAAGUUCGUGAAUAAUAAGAAGCUGGUUGCGGGAGAUUCUGUCGUUUUCGCGAAGAAUUCUAGAGGGGACAUGUUCGUUGGUAUUCGUCGCGCUACAAAGGGUAAUACAGGCGGUGAUUGCGGCAGAUGGCAUAGCCAGAUUGGUGGAGUGAGAUACAGUGCGGAGGAGAACCGUUCAGGAGAAGGAGGAAGAGAAGUCUUCUCUCGGAAUGGUAUUGGGAAGCUGCCGGCCGAGGCGGUUGCCAAUGCUGCGGAAUUGGCAGCGCAAUUUAGGCCAUUCGAGGUGGUUUAUUAUCCUAGGGCUGGUUGGUCGGAAUUUGUAGUUAAAGCCGAGACGGUGGACAAGGCGCUGAGUUAUUAUUGGUCGUCUGGAUUAAGAGUGAAAAUGGCCGUAGACACGGAGGAUUCGUCGAAGACGACAUGGUAUCAGGGGACUGUAACUUCAGUUUCUAUCCCUGAACACGGACCUUGGAGGAAUUCCCCAUGGCGUAUGCUGCAGGUUACAUGGGAUGAAACUGAUGCUCUGCUGAGUGCAAAGGGUGUGAACCCUUGGGAAGUUGAAUUUGCUACAGCCGCUGCUCCAGUACAACCUACAGUUCAUCAAGCAAAGAAAUUUAGAGGUCUCCAGAAAUCUGGGCAGCUGACUGGUGAAGAAGAGCUGUUUUCACCUAUGAUGAGAUUUGGUGAUUCAUCAACAGUGGAGCAAUUCAACCAAUCAUUAUUGAGUUUCAACUCUUUUCCUGCUGGCAUGCAGGGAGCCAGGCAAAAUUUAUUCUGUGAAUCUAGGUUAUCCAAUUCAUAUAAAGAAAUUACUUCACUAACCUGUGAUGACAAUUCCAUGUGCAAGAUGAAUGUGGUGCCCAAGAAGCAGAUGGUGUCUACUGACCUCCUUAUUGGUAGUGUGCAGUCUGAUACCCUAUCGCCUGAUAGUCAGGCUAGUGUUCUUUCCUUCGCUGCAGAAGCUACUGAGAAUCAGUGCUGCAACUCAACUAAAUCUGGAGUACGUUCAUUCCAGUUGUUUGGUCAAGUCAUCUAUACGAAUCUGCCUGCCGAAAAUGGGCUUAACAGUGGUGUUAGCACUAAUGAUGGUGACAAGAAUCCUAAUCAGUCCACUUGAUCUUCUUUGAAUUGUACAAACUUUCUUGUAGUGUGCUAUACUGGGAGCCUCUGGAAUCAAAGUUUUUUCAUAGUAUAUAGUAGUUACAUCUGUGUCUUGCGUAGAAGUGGCUGUACAGGUGCUUGAGCCAGGCAGGAAGCUGACUACAAUUUGAACAUUCGUAGCUAAUAGUUUGUUUAGUCUGACUUCAAAAGACAAGACUUUUUUUUUUUUUAAUGUUUGUUGAUGUUUGGAUAUUCUGUCACUGAGUUUGCUUUGGAUGUUGGUUAUCCUUUGGAGAUUGUUGAACUAUUUUCAUUGUUUCCUAAUGUGGAUGGUUGAGACAUGGUUUUUGUCAAAA